AGUAUAAAACCAGCUCCGUCUGUGCUCCUAUACGCAAAGAGGGAGGUCUCCCCUGCUACGCAUCUCCUACUUCGCCUCCUUUGCUCAUUCAUACGUGAAGAACUGCUUCUCCGUCGGCCCAUAAAAUCCUGGAAUGAAGGAGAUAUAAAGGAGAACAUAUAAUUGCCCCGAUUUCUUAGAGUAACAAUAGAAGCAUGGAUCCUAAAUCUAUUUCCGUCUGCCGGAUUAGUGUGAAAGGAAUGACAUGCACAACAUGCUCAACAACAAUAGAGUCCACCCUCCAAAACAUGCCUGGCAUACACAGUGCCAUGGUGGCCUUAGCCACUGAGGAAGCAGAAAUCAAGCAUGACGCUAAAUUGGUAUCCCCUGAGCAACUCAUAGAAGCCAUUGAGGACAUGGGAUUCGAGGCCACACUCAUGGACCAAAAAUCGACCACCCUCCAUCUCAAGAUCCAACAGUCACUAGAAAAGAACAUUUCUUAUGAUGCUAUUGAAGCAGCCCUUCAAUCCCACCCUGGAAUUGAAUCCAUAAAUAUGAACAAGACUCAAGAAAAAAUUUCAAUAUCAUAUACCCCAUGCCUUAUUGGCCCUAGAAAGAUCAUUCAGAUAAUAGAAUCACUAGGACUGAAUGUUGCUCUUGUAAGUGCCCCAAACAAGGAAGACUCGAAGAAUGAUGGCAUCAGACAAUACUACAUGGCUUUCCUUUGGAGCCUGGUUUUCACCAUACCCAUAUUCCUAACAUCAAUGAUCUUCAUGUACAUCCCAUAUCUCAAGAUGGGUCUUGAGAAAAAGGUGAUAAACAACCUAAACAUUGGUCUAGUCAUGAGAUUAAUAUUAGCAACUCCUGUUCAAUUCAUUGUGGGGAGAAGAUUUUACAUAGGGACAUACCGGUCCUUAAAGAAUGGUUGUGCCAACAUGGAUGUUUUGAUUGCACUAGGCACUAAUGCUGCAUAUUUCUAUUCACUAUAUACUGUAAUAAGGGCAUCAACAUCUGCCCAUUUCAAAAAUGAAGAUUUCUUCGAGACAUCAGCAAUGCUCAUUACUUUUAUACUCUUGGGAAAGUUUCUUCUGGUCUCUGCUAAGGGAAAGACCUCAAGUGCAAUCUCCAAGCUAAUGAGGCUAGUGCCUGAUACUGCCAUAAUUUUGAGCUUUGAUGAAGAAGGGAAAGUGGUGGGAGAGGAGGAGCUGAGAUGGGAGCUGAUAGAGGAAGGGGAUGUGAUCAAGGUGAUGCCUGGUGGGAGGGUGUGCAUGGAUGGAGUGGUGGUGUUUGGGGAGAGCUAUGUGGAUGAGAGCAUGAUAACUGGGGAGCCCAAGCCUGUAGUUAAGGGGGUGGGAGAUGGGGUCAUAGGGGGCACCAUGAAUGGCUGUGGAGUGCUGCAUGUGAAAGUGGUACGCGUGGGGGAAGACACUGCCUUGAUGAAGAUUGUCAGGCUGGUCGAGGCUGCCCAGAUGGCGAGGGCCCCUGUUCAGAAGUUUGCUGACAGGAUAUCCAAGUACUUUGUGCCCACUGUGGCUUCCAUUUCCUUCUUGACAACGCUGGCGUGGUACCUGGCAGGCCGCCUUGGUCUGUACUCGAGGAAGUGGAUCCCCAGCUACAUGGACUCCUUCGAGUUUGCUCUUCAGUUUGGGAUAUCGGUGGUCGUGAUCGCCUGCCCCUGCGCCCUGGGCUUGGCCACCCCAACUGCUGUCAUGGUAGGCACAGGCGUUGGUGCCUCCCAGGGCGUCCUCAUCAAGGGAGGACUUGCCUUGGAGAGCACUCACAAGGUCAAUUGUAUUGUUUUCGACAAAACAGGGACACUUACAUGCGGGAAGCCAACAGUAGUGAGAACAAAGCUAGUCAAGGACAUGGCUCUGGAGGAUUUCUAUGAAUUAGUUGGUGCAGUCGAGGGAAAUAGCGAACACCCUCUUGGAAAAGCUAUCACAGACCAUGCUGAAGGCUUGAGGCGGGAACAAGGUUGGCAAGAAGUCACAGACUUCAUAUCGGUGACAGGACAGGGAGUGAAAGCAAUAGUAAAUGACAAACAAAUCAUUGUGGGAAAUGAGAUGAUGAUGUCUGGAUCAAACAUCCGAUUCCCCACAUCUAUACUCAGUUACAUGACUGAAGCACAGAAGAUGGGCCAUACAGCCAUACUUGUCUCAAUUGAUUCAGAACUUGCUGGUGUUAUCUCCGUGUCUGAUCCUGUAAAGCCUGAGGCACACGAUGUUAUUGCUUUACUUGAUAAGAUGAACAUUAAAAGCCUGAUGAUAACAGGGGACAACCAUGAGACAGCAAAGACAAUUGCCAGAGAGGUAGGAAUUGAUCAUGUUGUUGCAGAGGCUUCACCAGAGAAGAAGGCUGACAAAAUUAAGGAAUUGCAAAAAUGUGGAUUGAGAAUAGGGAUGAUAGGGGAUGGGAUUAAUGAUUCACCAGCAUUAGCAGUAGCAGAUGUCGGAAUGGCCAUUGGAGCUGGCACCGACAUAGCAAUUGAAGCUGCUGAUAUUGUUCUAAUGAGGAGCAACUUGGAAGAUGUUGUGACUGCCAUUGACCUCUCAAGAAAGACCUUUAACCGUAUCCGGCUGAACUAUAUGUGGGCCCUACUUUACAAUGUCAUGAGCAUACCAAUUGCAGCUGGGGCACUUUUUCCUCUUACUGGAUUUCGGCUACCACCAUGGGUUGCUGGAAUUGCCAUGGCUGCAUCUUCAGUUAGUGUUGUCUGCUCAUCUCUCUCACUCAAGUACUACAAGCGGCCUAGAGAGCUUAAUUUCCUUCAAAUGCAUGGAGUAAAAGCACAAUAGUGCAUUCAAGUGAACAGCCGAAGCCAUCAUACUGUACAACUGUUCAUGCCCUUUGUACAUGUAUAUAUGCAACCUGGCAACCACAUUGCACUUUGUAAAAGCCAAAAUUAGCAAUAAAAUGCCACAGCAUUUGUCCCUA